AAAGUCCCUCCAUUCGGUCUCAUCUCCCAUCUCUCUUCUCUCUCUCCCGCGACAUCAGCGGCGGCGCAGCGGUGGGGUGGGGGGACGGCAUUGCGAGCUCACAGUCUCACACCACCCGCCGCGUGGUGAUUCCGAGAGGUUGCUGUGCCGCUGGCUAUGUAGUGAUGUGGACCGUGAUCUCGACGGCUAUCCGCGGCUGAGCGGGCGGCGGCGAUGAACGAAGCGAGCGCCAGCGCUGGCGUCGGGACCGGCUCUGGCGGGGAGGUGCCGCUGGUAUACAAGGCCUGGAAGGGGAACAAUGGACUGGCACUAGAUUGACUCGUGUCGUAGCCAGAUGUUGGGAUUCCCUUGCUGUUGCUGAGCUUGGCAAAUUUGUUUGGUCACUGUUGGCUAAAUUUUUUUUGAUGACUCGAUUUCCCCCCGUUUAUUUUAUGAUUUUGUACUGGGAUUCUGGGAAUGUAGGUUGUAGGACGGCUGGACGGAUUAAGUGCCUCGGCUGGCCUUGCUCAGGAGUAAGGACAAGACUCUUAAGUUUUAGGACUGGACUAAUGCAUUAAUUAUACUUCGAUUGAGUGUCUAUUACAUAUCAGAAUAAUUUCAUCCUCUGCUUUCUUGAGUGAGUUGCGCUAAGACAAAGCUGACAAUGGUGUUUUUACUGAAGGGGAGAUUCAUAUUUGGUCCUGAUGCAAGAUCCUUGUUUGUCACCAUGUUCCUUAUUGUUGCGCCAGUAUCAAUCUUCUGUCCAUUAGUUGCGAAGGAAUUGAUGGAUAAAUUCUCUUAUGGUCUGGGAUUACCGGUUAUGAUUGCAGCAGUUCUAUUCACAGCAUAUGAUCUGAGUCUUCUGCUUCUAACUUCUGGGAGAGAUCCGGGGAUCAUACCUCGCAAUGCACAUCCUCCAGAACCUGAAGGGUUUGAUGACAAUGCAGAGGUUGGGGCUAACCAGACUCCACCUGUGCGUUUGCCCCGAGUGAAAGAUGUUGUUGUCAAUGGAAUUACUGUGAAGAUAAAAUACUGUGACACUUGCAUGUUGUACAGGCCUCCUCGUUGCUCCCAUUGCUCUAUCUGCAACAACUGCGUGGAGCGUUUUGACCAUCACUGCCCAUGGGUUGGACAAUGCAUAGGGCUUAGGAAUUACAGGUUCUUCUACAUGUUUGUAUUCUCAACAACUCUGCUCUGCCUGUACGUCUUUGGGUUCUGCUGGGUGUUCGUUGUUAAGAUCAGAAAUGCAGAACAGAUAACAAUUUGGAAGGCAAUGACAAAGACCCCUGCAUCUGUUGCUUUAAUCAUCUACACAUUCAUUGCGGUUUGGUUUGUUGGUGGCCUCUCUGUGUUCCAUUUGUAUCUCAUGAGCACAAAUCAGACAACAUAUGAGAACUUCAGGUAUCGCUAUGAUCAACGAGCCAACCCAUACAACAGGGGAAUCAUGGUAAACAUCAAACAGAUCUUAUUUACCACGAUCCCUCCUUCCAAGAACAACUUCUGUGGUAGGGUCCAACAGGAGCAUGGUCUAAGGCCUCGUCCAACAAAUGGUUUCAUGAGUCCAAACAUGGGGAGAGCUGUUGGUGACAUCGAGAUGGGUAGAAAACCAGUGGCUUGGGAUGAGCCUAGGAUGGCAGCUGAGAUUGGUGAUUUAGGAGCAGGUCUGAGCAACCUGCUGGAGGACAAGGAUGGCAGGUUUCGUAGCGCAUCUCCAGAUCUCAGCCGCGACGCCCUUGCAGUUGGAGGAGGCUUAGAAGAGGAAGGCUCCUCGGCGAUGAACGCUGGGCGUUCAAGCUGGGGAGUUGAAGCAGGUCGAUGAUGGCAUUGACCGUGUAAGCGGCUGUAGUGAGACGCUCUGGGUUGUUAGUGCCAGUUCGCUGCUAAUCUGUUGUUUUGUUUGAGAUUUGAGGUCACUAAUGUUAUUAGACUCAUGACCUGUAUGGCGGUUGUUUCUGGACUUUCUUUUCUUCUUUCUCUUAAUUUGAGAUGUCUUUCGUGUCUAUUAUUUGAACCAGUUGGUUUGUGACGUCUCCCGGUUUGGCAAGUUAUGUUUUGUCUGUAUAUAAUCGGACAGUAAGCCUAAAAUAGGAUCCAGCUGCUUGGAUUUGGAUGGUAAUGGUUGUGAAUAAUGCCCUACCUUUUGCAUUGCA